UGAUUAUAAUGUUAAAGCACCUGAAGUUGAUGUUAAGGCUCCCAAACCUAAAUCCAAAGGAUUCUUUGCCAGAGUGAAAAAUAACAUAUCUGGAGCAUUUGAUUCAGAUAAAGAUGUGAAAGUGAAGGCUGAUAUGAAAAGCCCAGAUGUUAAAGCUCCUGAUGUCAAUCUGGAUUAUGAUCAUGAUGCCAAUCUUGGAACAAGUGUAGACUAUGAAGUACCUGCAACCAUAGUACCAGAGUCUGAAGUUGAUGUCAAUCUUAAAGCACCAAAUGUGAACCUGGGAGGAGCUGCAAAUUAUGAUGUUGAUGUGAAAAGACCAAAGGUAGACACAGAUUUGGAUGCUGAUGCAAACCUUGAAGUGCACACUCCAGACAUAAACAUGCCUACAGUCAACAAGCCAAAUGUCGACCUUCCUGAUAAUGACUUACCAGACAUCAAAUCUUCUGAUAUUGAACGACCUUCCAUGAACAUUAAAGCCCCAGAUGUUAAUGCAGGGGGUGAUGUAGAUGUGGGCAACAUUGACAUUGAUGCUGAUAUGAAAGCUCCUGAAAUUGAUAUUGAAACAAAGAAAAUUGAUGUUGAUGCCAGUGUUAAGGCUCCUAAAGAAGGAUUUUUUUCGAGAAUGAAAAGUAACAUAUCUGAUGUGUUAGACUUGAGUAAAGAUAAUGAUGAAAAAGUGAAAGAAGAGCAGGCACCCAAUGUUGUUGUCCCUGAUGUUGAUGAUGCGGUAGGCCAUGAUGUGAAAGGACCAGCAGAAUAUUCUACCCCAAAACCUGUUGUAAUUAUUGACAGUGAAGAUGCAGAAGUAAAACCAAUAGGCACAUCAUUGUCCCAUCCAGCAUACUCUAGCAGGAAAGUUAGGUCCCGGGACUAUGACCUAACAACUCCCACAUUGUCUUCCUCCAACUAUGCACCUGGGGAGAUGGAGUGGGACUAUGAUGAGUCAAGUGAAGACUCUCUGUCAGAAGCAUCAUUUAAGGAUGAAGAAUCAGAUGUCAGUGAAACAGGAUUUGAUUUAGAAGUCCCUGAUGAUUAUAAAUCCUCAGAAGCAGUUAACCAACCAGCUGUAGAUGUUAACCUACCAUCGGUAAAGGGAGGUAUAGAAAUUAAUGGAUCUGAAAAAUUCUAUCAACCUGAUGGUUCCAACCAAAGACAUUCUGCUCAAAGUGAUGAUGAUUCAUAUGUUGUACUUGAUGACGUUCCUCCUCCGCCUCCACCCCUCAGUGAUGAGAUUGUUGCAAAGGUUGAAGCUUCUGAGAAGGAAGAAAAAGUGAAGCCUAGAGGAUUCCUCUCCAGUUUGAGGGAAACCAUAUCCAAUGCCUUAGAACUGAAUGAUGAUGAAAAUAAGGCAAGAUCAGAAGUUGCAGUCACACCUCCAAGUACAAGUGUUGAAGCAGAAUCUUCAACAGGUAUUUCAACAAAUCGUGAGAUUGAACAGACAGAACUGUAGCUGAAUGAACAAAGGAAACAAUGCAAUAUAGAAUGAAGAGAUGAUAUCAUAUUUAACACCACAUGAGGGAUGAAUAAAGUUGGACUCCUACCCUCACGACUCAGAAGACAAUGUGCUGACAACACAACAGAAUUCACAUAAAAAUAAUAAAACAAAUGAUAAAUUCAAUUUACUGAAAAUGGACACUCAAAGAAAUGUGUUUAUCACUGUAAAUUGGAAUAUUUGAUGAUUAAAAAAUUUC